GAAGAGAACGACGUAAUGUGGGGUUGACUCUGUGGAACACUCAGGCGUGUGUUGGGACGCCCCAUUGGGUCCUUUCUCACUGCCACCGUGUGCUGGAGGCCGUCUUUGCUUGCUCGUGGCUAAGGCUGCUUAGGACCUCCGGUCCACCGCUUCAUGAUUUUCUGCCGUUUUUUGGCAAAAAUGGCAACCAAUGAUGCUGUUCUGAAGAGACUGGAACAGAAAGGUGCAGAGGCAGAUCAAAUCAUUGAAUAUCUUAAGCAACAAGUUGCUCUUCUUAAGGAGAAAGCAAUUUUACAAGCAACAUUGAGAGAAGAGAAGAAACUUCGUGUUGAAAAUGCUAAACUGAAGAAAGAAAUUGAAGAACUGAAGCAAGAGCUAAUUCAAGCAGAAAUUCAAAAUGGAGUGAAGCAAAUACCAUUGCCAUCUGGUACCACGCUUCAAACUAAUUCCAUGAUUUCUGAAAAUGUGAUACAGUCUUCACCAAUAACAACUGUGUCUUCUGAUACCAAAGAACAGAUAAAAGGAGGGGGAGGAGUAGAAAAGAAGGUGAAAGAGAAAAUUGAAAAGAAAGGAGAGAAGAAGGAGAAAAAACAGCAAUCAUUAGCAGGAAGUGCUGACUCUAAGCCAAUAGAUGUUUCCCGUCUGGAUCUUCGAAUUGGUUGCAUCAUUACUGCCAAAAAACACCCUGACGCGGACUCUUUGUAUGUAGAAGAAGUAGAUGUCGGAGAAACAGCCCCAAGAACAGUUGUCAGUGGCCUGGUGAAUCAUGUUCCUCUUGAAGAGAUGCAAAAUCGGAUGGUCAUUUUACUUUGUAACCUAAAACCUGCAAAGAUGAGAGGAGUACUAUCUCAAGCAAUGGUGAUGUGUGCUAGUUCACCAGAGAAAGUUGAAAUUUUGGCUCCUCCUACUGGAUCUGUUCCGGGAGACAGGAUUACUUUUGAUGCUUUCCCUGGAGAGCCAGACAAGGAGCUAAAUCCUAAGAAGAAGAUUUGGGAGCAGAUCCAGCCUGACCUGUACACUAAUGAUGAGUGUGUGGCCACAUACAAGGGAGUUCCCUUUGAGGUGAAAGGGAAGGGAGUAUGUAGGGCUCAAACCAUGACCAACAGUGGAAUCAAAUAAAGUGUUUCCAUUAAUGAAGUACAUUGGAGAAAACUUUAAUAACAAUAAAAAGGACUAUAUUUGCCACUUACACCUAAAA